CAUCCUAAAUUCAAGCUCGCCCCUAGGAGGUAUGGCCCUUUCAAAAUUAUAGCGAAAUUAAGAACCCUGGCAUACAAACUACAAAUCCCUCAACAUUGGAAAAUCCAUCCUGUUUUCCAUGCUACCAUGCUCACUAGGUACAAGGAAACGGAAGCACGUGGGGGGGACUUUGCAAGGCCACUACCGGAGAUACUAAACAAUGAAGAACACUAUGAGGUUGAAAUAAUCGUGGAUUCAAAGAAACACGGAUGGGGAACCAAGUACUUGGUCAAAUGGAUGGGAUAUCCCAAAGCAGAUAACACCUGGGAA